UUAUAUUAAAUCUUUAUGAAAAACUUCCUACUUUUCUUGGAAUUCGAGAUAUUUCUAUUCAUGAGAGUUACGAAUUAAUUAAACGUGAAGAUGAAAAUACUGGUUUUCUUGAUAUUGCACCUGUUAACAAAGUAAUACAUAUUCUUUGUACAUACUAUGAGGAAGGGCCAGAUUCUGAAGCAUUCAAGCUUGCCAAAGAAAGAUUAAUUGAUUAUAUGUGGCUAGGUUCAGAAGGAAUGAUGAUGAGUGGUACAAAUGGUACUCAAGUUUGGGACACUGCGCUUGCAGUCCUUGCCGUAAUUGAAGCAGGACUGGCAGAUGAUCCUUCAAAUCACCAAUCAAUGAUACAUGCACUCGAAUUUUUAGACGAUGCACAAAUAAGAAAGAAUCCCAAAGAUAAUCAAAGAUGUUAUCGUGAUAACACAUUAGGCGCUUGGGGUUUUAGUACUCGUGAACAGGGAUAUAAUGUUUCAGAUUGUGCUAGUUUAGGUAUUAAAGCUGUACUUGGUCUUCAAAAAAAUUUCAGUUACACGCCAGAUUUAUUAUCUAAAGAACGAUUUUGUCAGACCAUUGAUAUACUAUUAUCUAUGCAAAAUACUGAUGGAGGAUUUGCGAGUUAUGAGCGUACUAGAGGUUUAAAAAUUCUUGAAUGGUUAAAUCCUGCAGAAGUUUUUGGAAAUAUUAUGGUUGAAUAUAGUUAUCCAGAAUGUACAUCUUGUGUUUUAACAGCUCUAAAUACUUUCCAGAAAUGGUAUCCUGAUUAUAGAGCUGAUGAAAUUAAGCAAAUUACCAAAAAAGCAAUUGCAUACUUAUAUAAUUCUCAAGAUGAGAAUGGAGGCUGGUAUGGUUCUUGGGCUAUUUGUUAUACAUAUGCUGCCAUGUUUGUUAUUCAAUGUCUUGAAAGUUUUGGUGAAACAUAUGAAAAUAGUGAGGUAGUUAAAAAAGGAUGCGACUUCUUGAUUUCUAAACAAAAGGAUGAUGGUGGUUGGGGUGAAUCCUAUAAGUCAUGCGAAGAAAUGGCUUAUAUACACCAUGAAAACUCACAAGUUGUAAAUACUGCUUGGGCAUUGCUUGCUUUAAUGGCAGGUAAAUAUCCAAAUGAGGAACCAAUUCGACGUGGUAUUCAGCUUAUCGCAUCGCGACAAUUGCCAACAGGUGAAUGGAAGCAAGAAGCUAUAGAAGGA